AUGCUCUUCGAUCACACGAAGCUCGAGGACUCCGAGGGACCAGCUGGGGAAGCCGCGCUUGCUUACAAGGAGUCACGCGAUGUCCAGGGGGCGCGUCCCACCUCGCGGCGGAGACGUCUCUACAUCUGGCUAGGUGUCGGUAUCGCCGCGAUCGUUAUCAUCGUCCUCGCCGUGGUUCUUCCGGUGGUCUUGACGAAAAGUCACUCCGGGCACUCCGGGAACAAGUCGGGUGGCAGCUCAGGUUCGAAUCCCGAGUCGCCUACCGGCGCCGUGACGGGUGGGGACGGCUCGACGGUGGUCAUGUCCGACGGCACGUCGUUCACGUACACGAACAAGUUCGGCGGCUUCUGGGUCGACGAUCCGAAGGACCCGUUCAACAACAGCGCGCGCGCGCAGUCGUUCACCAAGUCGCUCGCCGAGCCGUGGGACUACUCCACCGACCAAAUCCGGGGUGUGAACCUCGGCGGCUGGCUCGUUCUCGAGCCCUUUAUCGUGCCCUCCCUGUUCGAGAAGUACCAGAAUGUGACGCCGACCCCCGCGCUUCCUACCGGGCAGGCCGUCGACGAAUGGAGUUUGAGCGUUGCGAUGCUCAACGACACGACCGAGGGCGGUGGGAUCGGUCAGAUCGAGGACCACUAUAAGACGUUCAUUACUGAGCAAGAUUUUGCCGCGAUCGCAGGCGCCGGUCUCAACUGGGUCCGUCUCCCCGUGCCUUACUGGGCCAUCGAGACCUGGCCGGGCGAACCGUUCCUCGCCAACAAGGCAUGGGAUUACGUUCUCCUCGCGAUCCAGUGGGCGCGCAAGUACGGCCUGCGUAUGUACUUGGAGCUGCACACCGUACCUGGCUCGCAGAACGGCUACAACCAUUCUGGCCGCCUCGGUCCCAUCAACUUCCUGAACGGGUACAUGGGCAUCGCGAACGCUCAGCGGACCAUGGACUACGUCCGCUUCCUCACGGAGUUCUUCAGCCAGGAAGGAUACUCUGAUGUCGUACAGAUCUUUGGGCCGAUCAAUGAACCGCUUCUGGGAAUCAUCGGUCGCGACCAGUUGACGCGGUUCUACCUGCAGGCACAUGAUAUCAUCCGCAAUAUCACCGGCAUCGGCAAGGGUCCGUACAUUGCCAUACAUGACGGUUUCCAGUCGGAUGCCUCGUGGAAGGACUUCCUCCCUGGGUCGGACCGUAUCAUGCUCGAUACGCAUCCGUACGUCGCGUUCGGUGGCGAUUUCAAUCACCCCCUCGAUUACUGGCCCCAGGUCGGCUGCGUCGCUUACACGAACAACCAGUCCCAGUCCGACUUCGGCAUCACGAUUUCCGGGGAGUUCAGCGGUGCGAUCAAUAACUGUGGCAAAUGGGUCCUCAACGUCGGUCAGAACUCUACGCUCACCGACUGCCCCACGUGGGAUGACUGGCAAACCUGGACUGACGACAUGAAGACCGGCAUUAAGAACUUUGUCAUGUCUCAGAUGAAUUCUAUGGCCCUACCAGGCUACUUCUACUGGACGUGGAAGGUCGGCAACUCCUCCGUUACUGGCAAAGUCGAAGCGCCUUUCUGGUCUUACUCACUUGGCCUGCAAAAUGGCUGGAUCCCGGACGACCCUCGCUCGGCCCUCGGACUAUGCGUUGCCGAUGGGUUCCCUCAAAACGUCCCUUGGGACGGCCAGUACCAACCCUGGCAAACCGGAGGGUCGGGUGCAGGCACGAUCGCCGCCACCGCUCUCGCGUCAUUCUCCCAAUACCCCCCGCCUGCGAUAUCCAACGUCAACGGCGCGGACCCUGCUCAAUUACCCAUGUACACGCCCACGAACGCGCCCAUCACCCUCCCGCCCCCUACGUUCACCGGGGCCUCCGUUACGGCGGGCGACGGCUGGGCGGACCCGCAAGAUACCAGCUCGAAGAUGACCGAGAUCGCGGGUUGUGUAUAUCCCAACGUUUGGGGCCCCGCACCCGAUUCAACACAGGUGGUUUGCGGCGGCUCAACGGUCGCCGUGCCUGCAGGCACCGCUCCGGCUGCUGCUACGACCACGUCUGCUCCCGCUGCGGCUACUACGGCCCCUGCGUGA